AUGGGCUCCCACCCAGACUCCAACCUCCACCCCGUGGCCACCGGCCCCGCCAAAGCCCUCGUCGACGCCCAUCAAGCCCCCCAACCCCUAAAGCUCUACUCCGGCUGGUUCUGCCCCUUCGUCCAACGCGUCUGGGCCCUCCUCGAAGAGAAAAACAUCCCCUACCAAUACAUCGAAGUCAACCCCUACGACAAACCGCCCUCCCUCCUCGCCCUCAACCCGCGCGGCCUCGUCCCCACCCUACAGUACGACUCCCGACCGCUCUACGAAUCCGCCGUGAUCUGCGAGUUCCUCGAGGAAGCGUACCCGGGGUGUGCACCGCGGUUGAUGCCGGAGGAUGUUUAUGCGAGGGCGAAGACGAGGAUUUGGGUGGGGUUCUGUACGGGGAGGGUUGUGACGGGUUUUCAUCGGUUUUUGCAGUGGCAGCCUUCUAAUAAGUCUUCUGAUGGGGGUGGGGAUGGGGAGGAGGGGGGGUUGGAGAGGGUGAGGGGGGAGUUUUUGGGGGUUUUGAAGGAACUUACCCAGGAGAUGAUGGAGCAUGGGGAGGGGCCUUUUUUCUUUGGGGGCCAGGAGCCGAGUUUGAUUGAUUUUGUCGUGGCGCCUUGGAUUAUCCGCCUCUGGAUCUUCGACCACUUCAAAGGCGGCCUCGGCAUCCCACCCGAAGGCCAAGGCGGCGAAGACGAAGCUCUCUGGGCGCGGUUCAGGAAGUGGAAGAAGGCCUUGGAGGAAAGGCCGAGUAUAAGGGACACGACGAGUGAGCGGGAGUUUUAUUUGCCGAUUUAUCAGAGGUAUGCGGAUGAUACGGCGCAGAGUGAGUUGGCGAAGGCGACGAGGACGGGGAGGGGGGUGCCGUGA